AUGGUUUACACCAAAGCCAAUCAAUCAACGCCCCGGCCUCCCGGCAACACAAGGCUAGACAAAGCUCUUCGGCUUCGAAAGGCACUCAGCCUGAUGAAAGGCCUUACUUUCGAAUCAACGUACCUGUUGUUUAAGAGUCCUGAUGGCAUCCUCGUGCCUUUUGUGAAAGCAGCCUUCGAUAAAGCCACACCGGAAGCCAUCCACGACGCAAUCACGACUCAGUUGAGAAAGCUCUUCCUUAUCUGUAUUCGGAACAAAGACGUAUACGUUCGCUUCCGAGGCAGUGAAGCAUUCUACUACCUCGUUUUCUCCGAUUGGGAUUCGGUGACCUUGGCUUCUCCUUUAGAACCUGUACUCCUUGGAAAGCUUAUCUCUCUAUUCGUCGGUGCACGUCGCCGUUAUCUCGCACGCGAAGAUUCUACAGAAGAAUUCUCAGCCCUGACAAGAGUCAUUGAUCUCUUUACCGAAGCAAUCGACGAGGUGGAUUCAACCAUCGAGACCAGACGUAUUCCCAGCUUGAAAGCGCCCGAGGAUUUUGUGAUUACUCGCUCAUGGCCCCCUGAGUUUUUCAGCCAAUAUGAUAUCGCAAUAAUGGCGCAAACUAAAAUUCGAAAGAAUCUCUUCGGCAUUGACUACCAAUGCAAAGGAAGCGGAGAAGAUGCACCACUGUAUCCGCACGACCAAAGUCACCCUUUGGAAGUCCGCAGGUAUCUCUGUUGGUUGUCUCUGACUGAGAUGAACCCCUACUCGAAGGGCGCGCUCUUUCUCGCCCCUAUUGCAUUCAUCUCGCACCAGAAACGUCAAGAGUGGUACGCGCCUACGGGCCAUAAAUCUCGUUUUUACGCCACGGUGGACGAGUUUCUCAACUACGCUAAAGUCGAGUUCGCGAGGACAGGAAGGGGGGCGAAGCAGUAUAUCAUUGGUCUCCUUACCCCUUGGUUCUUCGAAGUAGCAGAAGUCACAUCGGACGCAGAAAAGAUGAAUGAAGAUAUCCCCACCAGAUGGCAGAAGGGUUGCUUCAGGGCUGGAAUGGUGCUUUGCCUCAGCAAACUAGGACGACAAGGUGGCGGACAAGUCGGCCGACAAAGCGGCCAUUGGUGGUAUCAGUUGGCCUUAUUUAAGCCAGGUAUGCCGCACUACCCGGCAGCAGCCGAGCCGGACAGACGAAAAAAAAGGCAAAACCUAUGGAUUAGGAAACUAUUAGAUGAGAUCAAGGCGCAUUUCCACAUAGAUAAGGGGUGGAUUGGAGGCAGAUCUAUGAACCAUAUCGAAGCCCCGGCUUCUCGUAAGGUCUCGGCUGAUUCCGUUGAGGUAUCGAAUGAGUUUAUCACGGAAAUCAUGGAGAACCCAAACUGUUUCCCCAUUACACGCCCAGAGCACGAGGAGAGGAAAUUUGAGACUAUGGAUUGUGGGAGUGACGACAACUCUACCUCCAGAUAG